AUGACGCUCUCCUCCUUUCUCCGCAUCACCCCCCGCCUUGCACCGACUGCUAUCCGACGGAGCGCAAGAGCUGCAUCCUCGGUUGCAAGUACGUCACAGGCCAACAAGACUUUGGAUUCAAUAUUGAUUGCCAAUCGUGGUGAAAUCGCGCUCCGGGUUGGGCGGACUGCCGCAGAGCACGGAAUUCGUGUCACAACUCUCUACACUGACCCUGAUAGCCGAGCACAACAUGCUUUGAGUACACCGCAUGCUUUUAACUUAGGCUCUGUAUCGGCCUAUUUGGAUGGAGACCGCAUUAUUGAGAUUGCAAAGCGAGAAGGGUGCCGUGGUAUUCACCCUGGCUAUGGGUUUUUGAGCGAGAACUCCGCUUUUGCUCGGAAAUGUACAGAGGCCGGUAUUGUGUUUAUUGGCCCGCCAUGGAAGGCUAUCGAAGAUAUGGGUGACAAAAGUCGGUCCAAGGAGAUCAUGCUCGCAGCCGGUGUGCCAUGCGUGCCCGGCUACCACGGCCAGAAUCAAGAUCCCGCGUUCCUGGAGAGCGAAGCCGACAAAAUCACAUAUCCGGUACUCAUCAAGGCCAUCAAGGGAGGUGGUGGAAAGGGUAUGCGUAUCGCACAUUCCAAAUCUGAGUUCCAGGCACAAUUGCAAUCCGCAAAGUCAGAAGCGAUGAACUCGUUUGGAGAUGAUCAUGUCCUGGUGGAAAAGUACAUCACCACGCCGCGACACAUUGAGGUGCAGGUCUUUGCAGACAAACACGGCAACUCUGUCGCUCUCGGUGAGCGAGACUGCAGUAUUCAGCGCCGGCAUCAGAAGAUUCUCGAGGAAUCUCCGGCUCCCCAUCUUCCGGAUGCUACUCGGAAGGAUCUAUGGGAUAAGGCUCGUGCUGCCGCCCUUGCGGUCGGUUACGAGGGUGCUGGUACUGUGGAGUUCAUCUUUGACAAUGAUUCGGGUGAUUUCUACUUUAUGGAGAUGAACACUCGUCUCCAAGUUGAGCAUCCCGUGACGGAGAUGGUGACGGGCCAAGACUUGGUCCAUUGGCAGAUCAUGGUGGCUGAGGGCGCCCCUCUGCCGAUGACUCAAGAAGAGGUGGAACGGAACAUUGCGCUCAGUGGUCAUGCUAUUGAAGCUCGUAUCUAUGCGGAAAACCCUGACAUGGGAUUCAUCCCCGAUUCUGGUCGGCUACUUCACGUUCGAACUCCUGCCACAAGCAAAGACGUCCGAAUUGAUGCUGGAUUCGUGGAGGGCGAUGAUGUCUCUGCCCACUACGAUCCCAUGAUCUCCAAAUUGAUUGUUCGUGGUGAGACCCGUGAAGAGGCGCUACGCAAGCUGGCCACCGCACUCGAGCAGUAUGAAGUCGCUGGGCCUGUCACCAACAUCGAGUUCUUGAAAACUGUCUGCCGCAGCGCAGAUUUUAUCGCUGGUGAAGUGGAGACUGGUUACAUUGAGAAGCACCGGGAGGAACUGUUUGCUCCCAAGGUAAUCGAGGAUGAAGUCCUCGCCCAGGUUGCAUUGGCCUGCCUGCACCGAGACAUGCUCUCUGCUGCCGCCAGUCCCUCCGCGGGCCUCGCCGGAACCGCUGUUGGAUUUGCGCCCAGUUACCAGCAGCGCCAGCUAUCUUUCACUUCAACGACCGGUCCCGACGCUGAAGUCGAGACUUUUGAUGUUCGCGUCCAGCAAACCGCGGAUCAAACGUUCAAUAUUGAAGUCGGAUCUCAGGUCUUCCCGCAAGUGACAAGUACCAUGGACCCAACGUCUCGCGUAGUGACAUCCUUCUUCGGCCACACGCGUCUGGAUACUACCGUCGUGCAAGACGCAGAGAUGGACAUGGUCAUUGCUUUCCAGCGCGGAAAGCAGUAUCGUUUGGGAGUGCCACGGGCCAAGUGGAUGGAAAAGGCUCUCGGCCUGAAGGACGUUGCCAACAGCGUGCUGGCACCGAUGCCUUGCAAGGUCUUGCGCGUGGAGGUACAAGCGGGAGAUGUGGUGGAGAAGGACCAGCCAUUAGUGGUGAUUGAGAGUAUGAAGAUGGAGACGGUGAUUAGAAGCCCGCAACGUGGUACCAUUGCUCGCGUGGUUCAUCAGCAAGGUGAUCAAUGCAAGAGUGGCACCCCUCUUGUUGAGUUCGCCGAUGAAAGCGAGUCGUAG